AUGUCUAAUCCUGUGUAUACUUUGACCGAGGGUCAGCCUGUUCGCGACCCUUCAGUGAGCACUACGCUCCCCGUCUUUGGCGGCGGCGGUCUCACAACUCUUGGUGAUACCCUUCUCCUCGAGACCCUGGCCCAUUUCAGCCGAGAGCGCAUUCCUGAACGAGUUGUUCACGCCAAAGCUGCUGGUGCCUGGGGAGAAUUUGAAGUCACGAACCCUGAAAUCGCUCAAUUGACUUGCGCCAAGUUCCUCGACACCGCUGGCAAGAAGACACAGGUUCUCUUCCGUCUCAGUACCACUGGUGGAGAGAAGGGCAGUGCCGAUACUGUUCGCGAUGUUCGAGGUUUCUCUGUCAAGUUCUUUACUGAGGAAGGAAACUACGACAUUGUCGGGAACCAUGUUCCUGUCUUCUUUGUUCGUGAUCCCAUGCGAUUUCCUUCAUUGAACCGAAGCCACAAGAGACAUCCCGCUACUAACCGACCUGAUGCAACUAUGUUCUGGGACUUUCACGUCAACCAACCCGAGAGUGUUCACACCCUAAUGCAUCUCUUUGGCAGCCGCGGUCUUCCCGACUCCAUCCGCCGCGUGACCGGCUUCGGCGUUCACACCUUCAAGCUCAUCGACAGCUCUGGCCGCCCCCGAUACUGCAAAUUCCACUUCCGUCCCGAGACUGGACACACCAGCUUCGCCUCUGCUGAAGAAGCCGAGAAGAAGGCUGGCGCCAAUGCUGACUAUCAUACUGAGGAUCUCUGGGAUGCUAUUGCCCGUGGCGAGUACCCUGUCUGGAAGUUGUAUGUCCAGAUCAUGGAGCCUGAGAGGGCUGAGACCUUUGGUCGGGCUUUGUUCGACAUUACCAAGAUUUGGUCUCAUAAGGAGUUUCCGUUGAUUGAGGUUGGCAAGAUGACCUUGAAGAAGAACCCGGACAACUACUUUGCCGAGAUUGAACAAGCUGCCUUCUCGCCAUCGAACUUGGUCCCAGGUAUCGCUAUGACGCCAGACCCUAUGCUCCAGGCUCGCAUGUUCGCCUACCCUGACGCCCAGCGAUACCGCCUCGGCUCCAACUACGCCCAACUCCCUCCCAACCGCCCUAUCGCGCCUGUCUACGCCCCCUUUGUCCGCGACGGCAUCACCACUACCAAGAACUACGGCGGCGACCCCAACUACGUCCGAAGCACUCUCAGCCCUGGCGUUACCACCCAAUCCAUCACUCAGAUCACACACCACGAGCGUAUCGCUGCCAAUGCACUGCUCGGUUUGAAUGAGAUCCCCGUUGACGAUGAGGACUUUGUGCAGCCUCGGGAUCUGUGGAGGAGGGUCUUUGAUGAUGCUGAGAAGGAGAAGUUUGUGGGUAAUGUUGUUGGAAGCUUGGCUGGUACACCAGCUCCCUUGAGAGAGGCUGUCGUUGCUAUGUUUAGCAAGGUUGAUGGUUCCAAAGUCCAGAAAGCACUCGAGGGCUCUAAGUUCCAGGUUUCAGAACUCGAGAAGAUCGCAGGUAGAUGUGUUGAUGUUGACUGGAUCCACAAGGCGAAGCUUGUGAGGCCUCUAAAUAUUGUAGAGGAGGAGGCUCUAGUCAAGUAUAGAGCUGCCAGUUGGGAGGAGGAAAGGCGCAAUAGCUCUAUGUGGCCUAUGAGGCGACACCACGAGUCAUUGGAGUCGUUUCGAAAAGCAUCUUCACAGAACUGUUACAUCUGCUGCAGAGUAUGGGACAUGCUUGUUUCAGGAAAGGUGACUAGUGUCGAGUCUGAACCUACCUGGAAAGAGGGUUCGGAAACAGAUUGGGACGGCAUGCAUUACAUUGUCCAGCACGACCAUGAUUCACCCGCAAUCCUUUUCAUGAUUUGUUGCCCCGGCUCGAAAGAGCACUCCCAUUAUAUACCAUUCGAAUUAAUGCCAAGAAACGUUCGAGGCUGGGCGAUACAAACACUUCCAAAAACAUUCAGAGAUACCAUAGUUGUCGCUCGCGCCCUUGGCGUCAGAUACCUAUGGAUCGAUGCGCUGUGUAUUAUUCAGGAUUCUCAUGAAGAUUGGGAGCGUGAGUCUGCAUGUAUGGGCUUAGUUUACUCCAAUGGACUAUGCAACAUUGCCGCCUCGGCAUCUGAUGGACCAGAUGGUGGAUUAUUUCGGAGUCGAAAUGCCGAAAGCAUCCGCGUAGGAUGUGUCCGAGCGGAUCCUCUUCCCGACACUCGGAGCCAGACCUUUAACAUCAUCGACACUCUUUACACUGAGCGGCAGCUACGGCACACACCUUUCUUCGAAAGAGGAUGGGUAUUUCAAGAGAGAAUGCUUGCGCCAAGAGUUAUUUACUUUGCAGAAGAACAGGUAUUCUGGGAAUGCCACCAAGAACUGAAAUCCGAGGCAUUCCCAACUGGCAUCCCUUUCGCUGGUUCUUUCAAGGCCCUACUGCCAGAACGUUUAACGAAUUUGUUGACCUUGUCCCGGGGAAAAUGUGUACCAUGCACCGUGUUCCGACAAUGGAACCGUGUUGUUCAGGGUUAUUCGGAUAGCCAGUUCACGUUCAUAAGCGACAAACUUCCUGCAUUCAUGGGCAUCGCCAAAUAUUUCGAGCCCUUUAUAGAUGCAGACUACGCUUUUGGUAUGUGGAGUGCUGGUCUUGAGAAGCAGCUGGGAUUCUCGGUAGAGGACCCGGUCAUGAAGCGGAGUCGAGAUUAUCGAGCGCCGUCAUGGUCGUGGGCCUCCCUCGAUGGUCCUGUUCUUUUCAAGGAGUUACUUUCCGAGGUAGUCCACAAGACUUUCAUGCAUGUUCAAUUUGAGCAAGAUGGGUUUUCGCAGGGCAGACUGCAUUUGCAAGGAGUCUUGACUCAUGCUACCUACUCUCAUGCAAGGUCAAAAAGGAAUUCAACUGUUAUUUUGGAAAACGGGACAAGCCUCGAUCUAAUUCUUUUAAAAGAUCAUUUGGGCAUUGUUUUCAGCAAAGGUACAAAGCUCACGCUUCUCGCAUUCAAGUCUUCGCGCGAAUUGGCUUUACCCAUGUACUUCAACAAGAGGGAUUAA